AUGGGAAACCAGACACUGGUGACAGAGUUCAUCCUUCAGGGCUUCUCUGAGCACCCGCAGUACCAGCUGUUCUUAUUUAUCUGCUUCCUCUCCCUCUACUCCGUGGCCCUCGCAGGUAAUGUCCUUAUCAUCCUGGCCAUCACCUGCCACCCUGGGCUCCACACCCCUAUGUACUUUUUCUUGUUCAAUCUGGCUACUAUGGACAUCAUCUGUACUUCCUCCAUUAUGCCCAAGGCCCUGAAGGGUCUGGUGUCAGAGCGGAACCCCAUCUCCUACGGCGGCUGCAUGGCGCAGCUCUAUUUCCUCACAUGGGCCGCUUCCUCGGAGUUGCUCCUUCUCACGGUCAUGGCCUACGACCGUUACGCAGCCAUCUGUCACCCUCUGCACUACAGCACCAUGAUGAGCAAAGCCUUUUGCAGCGUGCUGGCUACCGGGGUGUGGGCGCUCUGUGCUUUCAACACGGCCGUUCACACAGGACUGAUGACUCGCUUGAAGUUCUGCGGCCCCAACGUCGUGACCCAUUUCUUCUGCGAGGUGCCUCCCCUGCUGCUUCUCUCCUGUAGCUCGACCUACGUGAACAGCGUCAUGAUCGUCUUGGCGGACGCCUUUUACGGCGUACUGAACUUCCUGAUGACCAUUGUGUCCUACGGCUUUAUCAUCUCCAGCAUCCUGAAGAUGCGGACUUCGGAAGGGAAGCGGAAAGCCUUCUCCACCUGCUCCUCCCACCUCAUCGUGGUGUGCAUGUAUUACACCGCCGUCUUCUACGCCUACAUAAGCCCGGUCUCCAGCUACAGCGCCGAGAAGAGCAAGCUGGCUGGCGUGCUCUACACCAUGCUGAGCCCGACACUCAACCCCCUCAUCUAUACUUUGAGGAACAAGGAGGUCAAGGCAGCUCUCGGGAAGCUUUUCCCUUUCCUCAGAAACUAA